GUGGCAUUGUCAUCGCGCUGCAUUCAUUUUCUUAUUUUCUUCUUAUUUCGAGUUUGAAUGAGAGUUAUUUUAGCUUGUGUUAGAGGUGUUUGUCAUCUAAGAAAUUACAGAAACAUAUCACGACAUUGAAGAUAGGUCACAUCUAAGAAUGCACUUCACCAUCCUGAAGACAUGCCAAGACAUGGGUGGUCGACUGGCUCAAAUCACCAAUCUCCAUGGAAUGCAGCACUCGCCAUUAGACACUCCACUGUGCCUCCUGUACACUCAGUCUGGGAGUGUCCCCCAUCUGACUCGUGACACUCUGAAGUACCUUGCUGACCAUCCACUACCUGCCUUGUUUCCUCUCCCUCCAAUGACUGAUUUCACAAGCUCCGUCAAGGCACAGGGCAAAGGACUCGCCGCGUUCACUGGCCUCCGAGGGUAUCCCAGCUUCGUCUGCGUCCAAGAUCCCAUGGUGAAGACCCCUUCGGGCUACAACGACAAGGCUGGCGUCUCUGUGUGGGAUCGAGGGGGACGCAUUCAUCUGAACGCUUCCAGUUUCACGCGUAUCAUGGAAGCGUUUGUGCCGAGCGUAUACGUGUCACUGAACGAUGCAGAUACUCCGAGAGACGCUCCCAAGAAACGGAUCUGGCGUUCGGUCGACCGCUCGCUCGCCCUUCUUGACGAGUGCGUCGCAGCGAGGGCUCAGAGCGCCGAGCUGAAAGGGACGUCAAUUCUAGGUGCAGUGCAGGGAGGGUGGUGCGUUGAGGCGCGCAGGCAUUCGGCACUGGAAACUGCGAAGCGAUCCGUGGAAGGAUUUGUCAUAGAAGGCCUGCACCUCGGAGGAGCGAAUAGUCCGCAGUUCGAUGAAGUGCAGGACUUGCUGAAGGAAACACUGUCGUCACUUCCGCGGGACAAGUUGAAGGUGCUGCUUGGCGCGUACAGACCAGAAUUUAUCUUCAGGGCCGUCGCAGCCGGUGUGGACGUCUUCGACUCGUCGUUCGCAAAUGCCGCUACAGAGCGGGGCUCUGCCUUGACCUUCGGCUUUGACCGGGAGCAGUUACGAGCGAUGUUGCGGGGGGGCUGUUGCUUACCGGACGAGAAGCUUGAAAUUUGUUUGAACGAAGAUUCCUACAGGGACCAGUUUGUGCCACUGCUAGAAGGGUGUGCGUGCUAUACAUGCAGGACUUUCACCAGAGCUUACAUAAAUCACCUCUCGAAAACGGGAGAGCUGCUGGGACCGGUGCUUUUAAGCCUCCACAAUCUGCACCACUUCCUGGAAUUUUUCGGUGCUAUACGGUCUUUCUUGAAUGAGGAAGAUCUCGCACUGUCUCACUGAUCACAGUAAAAGGGUGGAUUCAGCACUAUUACCGGUGAACCAGGAGAAGGCCUUACUGGCAUUAUUCGGACACGUCCUCUCCAAAAAUUAUCCCCUUAGAAGUCGAAUAUGCAGGAGCAAUGUAUGUACGGCUAUCUAGCAGAUGUUGGAGUGGAAGGCAACACGUGAGCAGUUGUCAAGGCAGGUCUUAGAAAGCUUCUGAAGCAGCGUUAACACCUUCAAGGCAGCCAGGUUGACAGUCAGCCAACAUACAUGUGGGGAUGCAAGGGUAGGAACAAGAAAAACGGUGCGAGGGCCAGUCAAGGGGUAUACGUUGAUGCAGACGUCCAAAUUACGCACAUAAACACGGUACACAAAUAAAAUACAGUAAAAGAUA